CCGAUUCUGAAGGAGGGUGGCAACUACAUCAUCGAGGGCCUGGACUCAGAGAAGAAGGUGACGCUCACCUUCUCCAUGAGUCAUGAGAGUGGCUCGUUGGCUGACGCGCUCGACGUGUUUAAGAAAAACAAAGUGAACCUGGAGCACAUCGAGUCGCGGUCCUCCCACCGCAGCGACGAGUACGAAUUCAUUCUGGAGAUCAGCACCGAGUCGCCCAACGUCAGCAAAGCGCUGGAGGAGCUGCGAGAGAAGUCCACCUACUUCCAGAUCGUCUCCAGAAACUACAAGAACAAUGCCGCGGCGGGCGUGGUGCCCUGGUAUCCGCAGAAGAUCUCCGACCUCGACAAGUUCGCGGACCAGAUCCUGUCCUACGGCAGUGAGCUCGACUCGGACCACCCCGGCUUCACCGACGUCGAGUACAGGAAGCGGCGCAAGGAGUUCGCCGACAUCGCUUACAACUACAAACACGGCACGCCCAUACCGCGCGUCGAGUACAGCAAGGAUGACGUCGAUACGUGGGGCAAAGUGUUCCGCCGACUCACCGAGCUGUACCCCACGCACGCCUGCAAGGAGCAUAACCGGGCCUUCCCGCUGCUGAUCGAGCACUGCGGUUACCGGGAGGACAACAUCCCCCAGCUGGAGGACAUCUCAACGUUCCUUAAAAGCAGCACGGGCUUCACCCUGCGUCCCGUGGCCGGCCUGCUGUCGUCGCGCGACUUCCUGGCGGGCCUGGCGUUCCGCGUGUUCCACUCGACCCAGUACAUCCGGCAUCCAAGCCGGCCGUUCUACACGCCUGAGCCGGACGUGUGUCACGAGGUGCUGGGUCACGUGCCGCUGCUGGCCGACCCGAGCUUCGCCCGCUUCAGUCAGGAGAUCGGCCUGGCCUCGCUCGGCGCACCAGACGAAUACGUGGAGAAGCUGGCCACGUGCUACUGGUUCACGGUCGAGUUCGGCCUGUGCCGGCAAGACAACGAGCUGAAGGCGUACGGCGCCGGUCUGCUCUCGUCGUUCGGCGAGCUCGAGUACUGUCUCUCCGACAAGCCGGACGUGCGCGAGUUCGUGCCCGAGAAGACGGGCGUGCAGAAGUACCCCAUCACUGAGUACCAGCCCGUGUACUACGUGGCCGACAGCUUCGAGGACGCCAAGGACAAGAUGAUAAACUUCGCCGCCACCAUUCCACGCCCAUUUUCGGUGCGCUACGACCCGUACACUCAGCAGGUCAUCACGCUCGACUCCCGACCUCAGGUCGAGGAGCUCAUCGGCGACAUCAACUCGGAGAUGAAGAUCCUGCUGGACGCCAUAAAAAAGUUCCGCUAAAUGCAAACGCAGCGGCGGAAGGUCACUCGGAAGCAAGUUUUACUUUGUGGAGUGCCCAACAGAUGGCUCUCAAGCCCAGCAACGUCUCUGUCCACAUCGUGUUUCUGUCGUGUGGGUGGUGUAAAAUGUGUGAAUGCUUUCUAUAUCGGAUAUUAGGCGGCGGCGCUCUGUAGACGGUAGGUGUCCCGACGAGCGGCACUUCGCGCACCGGGCCUGGGGCCAGGACGCCCAGAGCAUUGUGGAAUGUUUUCUCCAGUGGAGUCGACCCACAUGCUGCCUGAAGCACUGGCACCAAGAAAGCUCAGAAUUUGGCACACGUGAUGCAUAGCAUGUAUAUACCACCUCUGCAUUUCCGUGGGGUAAACACGUUCUGUGCGGGGUGGUUGAAAUUUCAACAACACAGUGCAUCUGCAGCUGUACAUAUAGUACAAGCAUUGAA